CGGAGAAGACUGCUAAUGUGUUGCAUACUCGUGAAACACAGUCAUAAGUAUGGCGCAGAUUCCCAGAACCGACCAGAUAACACAGAAAAUCCAGACGUAUGUGAGUACCGCACCGGUCGAGCCGGAGUCCCAAGUCGCGUUCACCACUUCUUGCAUGGGUGGUGAGGCCAAGCAAUGGGUGCUGGCCGAGGCCAAUGCGGCGGGGUUCGAAGAUAUCGGUGAGUGGGCAAAGACAUCGAUGCUGAAACAGUUCUUGGCGAAAACCAGGGACCGUUUCCUCGACAAGACGACGGCCGACAAGGCCUUUGACCAAUUGUCGUCAAUUGGUCAAAAGCAUUGGACGUCAGUUGAGGCUUUGUCCCGAGAAGUUGACCGAUUGUUGCAGGUUCCUGGAUUGAACUUGCAGGACAGCCAAGUGCUGUACAUCUAUUCCCGCGCAUUGCCUGAGCCCAUCCGGGGACAUUUAGUCACCGAAGCGAAGUCCGGUAAGUACAAUUAUAGGCAAAUUUGUGACCUCGCCCUGCAAAGGGAACAGAUGACUUCUCAAGUCAAAAAUUCCUAUGCAGCGGUAGUCAAGUCUGGAGGAGGAGGAGGAAGACAGUACAAUGGGAAACGAGUUCUCUCGCGACAGAAGCGUCAGGACCACACCCUUGUCGUCUUUGAUGACGACACGGUGGAAAAGUGGCCAAACGAGGAGAAUGACAACAACAGUGACUCCGGGAAGGGGGAAGUCACUGCUGUUGUGGCCAAUAAGGGAGGACCACCCAGGACAGGAGGGAAGAAACAAAAAGCGUUUCCAUGGCACCCUGGCAUUGCUGAUGGGAAGCCAUGGGUCGAAAUGGGUAUGACUAGAAAGACUUGGCAGGAGCGCAUGGACAAUGCGCAAUGUCUCAAGUGCGGCACAGCGGGACAUGUGAUCGCCUAUUGCCCUCAGAUCCGGAACCCAAAAGCGAACAGCCAGUAGGAAUAGCAUCUGCUCCUACUGAGAUUAAGGGUAAAAACGAACAGAC